AUGUUAAAGAAAAUCUACUUAUUAAAUAUUAUUUUUUUAUGCUUUGUGUGUUAUGCACAAAGUCAAAGCUCGAGUUUAUCGGCAAGUAGUUCAUUUACUACAAUAACAUCAACAACAAUGACUGAAACAAAUAAUAUUCUAACAAGUUCAAUAUUAUCAGUAACCUCAGAUGCAGUUCAAUCUUCUACAAUAAAUUCAAAUAAUAUGACUUCAUCGAUGACUUAUGCAUCUUCUUUAGUAACUACGAUGUCCAUCGUAACAAAUAUUCAAAUCUUAUCUAAAACGAAAACUAUUUCAUAUGUGAAUCAAUAUAAUAUGUUAGUUAAUAUUUUAUUUACAAGUACACGAAAUGAUUGCAAUGUAACUUGUAUAUACAAUUCACAGAUGAUACAAACAAAUAAUUUUUCUUUACCAUCAACUAAUGGUAGUCUGGUAGAUGUAUAUUCUGAUUCAGGGUCAUUAUUAGAAAAUGUUUUAGAUACAACAUCUGUAAUAGUUUUGGAUACAACAACUGUAAAAAUUUCAACUGAUAAAUCCACAUUAGGACUAUCAGCAAAAUUAGGUAUGGGUUUGGGUAUAUCGAUAAUUGGUGUUUUAAUUAUUAUGGAAAUAAUUUAUCUUAGUUGGAAAUAUGGAUUAUCUGGUAGAUCACGUCGAGAACAAUACGGAUUGUCUAGUACAGAGUAA